AUGCAAGCAAAAUCAUUCCAUAUCAUUCCAGCAGGGUUCCAAUCGCCACCGAAACUGCUUCCAUCAGGGUUCCAAUUGCCACUGAAACUGCCUCACCUGCAUCAACCAUCCUUACCAAAGAAACUGCCACGGGCCAUAUCUAUCUCUAACCCUGUUGUUAAUCAUGUUUCUGGCCCUUCAACAAUACCAGACCAGGAUGAGUCCAUGGCUGCGUUUUGGGACUAUCAGUUUUUAUUCAUCUCACAACGCACCGAGACACCCCACCCCGUAACGCUCCAAGUCGUACAAGGUGCAAUCCCCUCGGACUUCCCUUCCGGUACAUACUACCUAACCGGUCCAGGGUUGUUCACUGAUGAUCACGGCUCCACCGUGCACCCUCUAGACGGUCAUGGUUAUCUUCGAGCGUUUAGAAUCGAUGGUGUUGCUAAACAAGUUAAAUUCAUGGCUAAGUACAUAAAGACCGAAGCACUAGUAGAGGAGCAUGAUCCCCUGACCAACACAUGGCGGUUUACGCAUCGGGGUCCAUUUUCGGUCUUGAAAGGGGGCAAAAGAUUCGGUAAUGUUAAGGUGAUGAAAAAUGUAGCUAACACCAGUGUGUUGAGGUGGGGUGGAAGAUUACUGUGCUUAUGGGAAGGUGGAGACCCUUACGAGAUUGAAUCCGAGACGUUGGAUACCGUCGGCGGUUUUAAUGCGAUCAAUGGUAGCAACGAAAUUAUGCCGUCUCUCGAGAAGAAGGGUACCGGUAAUUUAUUGGAUGUAGCUGCCCGUCUGUUGAAGCCGGUGCUGCACGGUGUGUUCAAGAUGCCUCCUAAGAGAUUGUUGUCUCAUUAUAAACUUGAUACUCAAAGGAAUAGGCUUCUUGCAAUAUCAUGCAAUGCAGAGGACAUGUUACUGCCUCGCAGCAACUUUACAUUUUAUGAGUUCGAUUCGGAUUUCGAGUUGUUGCAGGAACAAGAAUUUAGCAUCCCUGAUCAUUUGAUGAUCCAUGAUUGGGCCUUUACUGAUACUCAUUACAUACUUUUUGGAAACCGCAUCAAGCUUGAUGUUAUUGGGUCAAUGGCAGCAGUAUCUGGGUUAUCACCAAUGAUAUCGGCAUUGUCAGUUAACCCAAGCAAGUCCACAUCUCCCAUUUACUUGCUUCCUCGCUUUCACGCUGAUAAAUCUGCCAGGCAGCGAGAUUGGAGAGUGCCGCUAGAAGCUCCCUCUCAGAAGUGGCUGCUACAUGUUGGCAAUGCUUUUGAGGUCAAGGAUGUUGAUGGUAACUCAGAGAUCCAAAUCCAAGCUUGUGCGUGUUCUUACCAAUGGUUCAAUUUCCAAAAAUUAUUUGGAUAUAAUUGGCAAAGUGGUCAACUUGAUCCCUCAAUUAUGAAUGUAAAACAAGGUGAUGAGCUACCGCACCUUGUUCAGAUAUCAAUAAACUUGGACUCUAAUGGCAACUGCCAAGAAUGUUUAAUGCAAAAGUUGAAUGAAUGGAACAAGCCAUCGGAUUUUCCAGUUAUCAACCCAGAGCUUUCAGGCAAAAGGAAUGAAUGCAUUUAUGCAUCAACUUCAUCAGGGUCAAGGAAAGCAUUGCCUCAUUUUCCGUUUGAUAUGAUAGUGAAGAUAAAUUUGUCGACCAAAACAGCUAGUACAUGGUCCGCAGGGGCUCGUAGAUUCAUCGGUGAGCCUAUUUUUGUCCCCAAAGGAACUGAAGAAGAAGAAGAUGGGUACAUUCUGGUGGUCGAGUAUGCAGUUUCAAUACAGAGAUGUUAUCUUGUCAUGUUGGACCCUAAGAGGAUAGGAGAAACUGAUGCGGUUGUAGCAAGACUUGAAGUCCCCAAGCACUUGAACUUCCCUCUCGGCUUUCAUGGAUUCUGGGACAAUACUAAUUAAUCUGUUUUUCAGAUCUCAAUGGCACCAGAAGAUCAGGAAAAACAACUUUCACUUGUCUAUUCGGAACAUUUGCUUACCGAUGGAAGCUUUUUAGACUUUGCAAUGCACCCACCACGUUCUAGAGAUAUAUUCUUAGCAUCUUUUCAGAUUAUGUUGAGAAAGGUAUUGAAGUCUUCAUGGAUGAUUUCACCGCAUAUGAUCCGACCCGCCGAUUCAAGAAGAAAUUACCAAAGAAAAUCUAAUGUUGGUGCAAAAUAUGACUCCUUGGUUCACGAAUAUGGUCAAUUAUUUGACCACAGUUUAUCUGACGAUGUAUCGUCGAAGAUGGGAUAA